UAUUCCGUAUGUGUGGUCCUCGUACAGUAGACGCACUGCCUCACUUCUCCAUCACGGCGCAUCAUUACAAUAGCCGGGGAGGGCCCCUCUCGGAUGACGGUCCCGGCUAUGGGAGGGUACGGGAGGCGGGACCAGAUCAGUGUCCGUUCCUCGGAGCUUGCGAGUCUGGAACUAGGGCUGGAGAGAUCGCCGGUGAGCAUCGUCACCACUCCAGCACGGAGCCUCGCUUGGCCGAACGCUGCGCUGUGCACUCGUCGGGAUUGCACAAAAUUCCUGAGAAAUAUACCUGCUAUUUAUGGCAUGUGGCUGGUAACUUUAUUCCUGCUGUAUUCUUUACAAGAAGUGAACAGUGAGGAUGUGGUCUCGACGCGGCUGUACUUUGUAAACGCCUCCCUGCAGCGGGUGACCUUCUCCAGCUCGGUCGGGGUGUCCCUGCCCUGCCCCGCGGGCGGCGCACCCCAUGCCGUCCUGCGCUGGUACCUGGCCACCGGCGACGACAUCUACGACGUGCCCCACAUCCGCCACGUGCACGCCAACGGCACCCUCCAGCUCUACCCUUUCUCGCCCUCCGCCUUCAACAGCUACAUCCAUGACAACGAAUACUUCUGCACCGCAGAGAACCAGGCCGGCAAGAUCCGCAGCCCCAGCAUCCACGUCAAAGCAGUGUUCAGGGAGCCCUAUACGGUGCGGGUGGCAGACCAGCGGUCCAUGCGGGGCAACGUGGCCGUGUUCAAGUGCCUCAUCCCCUCGGCCGUGCAGGAGUACGUCAGCGUGGUGUCCUGGGAGAAAGACACCGUCUCCAUGGUGCCAGGGAAGAAGGUCAGCGAGGUAAGCGGGGGCAAGGUGGUGGAGAGCUUCGUAGGUCAGAAAGAGGAUCUUGUAUUCGUUGCAUGCGGAGACCGGGAGCCAGUGGAGUUCACGGAAGACUGGGUGACGUGCUGCCAGGACUUAGUAUGGACGAGGAGUCUGGCUGCAGAGUUCUGA